AUGGGAAAUCCACCUGAGCGUCAAAUUAGUUCUUCACUGCAUUUCUUCACACCCUCAUUGCUUUUUGUUGCAGUCUUUGUCGCUUCUCUUAUUUUCACUUGUUUCCUACUUUAUGGGAUCUCUACUUUCCUUGUCACAAUAUCUAUUUUGUUUCUGUCAACCAUUUUCAUUGUUAAAUUCUCAAAGAAAAAGGUGACUGUUGUUGGCAUUUCGGCAGAAGAAGAAAGUCCCAUAUGCUGCUGCCCUCAGAGCAUACUUGAAAAGGAAGUUUUGGAGGAACUAAAUCCAGAAGUGGAACCUAUAAUUAAUUGCGAUGCUUCCCAACAAAGUGAUGCUUGCGACAUGCAUGAAUAUCAUGUGGAACCAACAGAUUUCCCCUCAGAUAGUGAUAGCAGUGAUGAUUUCCCAGCAAGUGAAAAUUUUGAGCUCAGUUGGAGGUGCUCAGAAAAUGUAGGACGAAGUAUAGGAGUCUCUGAAAGCUCAAUCUCUGACGAUGACGAUGACGAUGACGAGGAUGGUGAUGGUCUUAUUGAGAUUAGUCUUCCACAGAACAAUUCUGUUGAUUGCAAUGAAGAGUCAAAGAAAAAGUCAGAUUCAAAUAUGCCAGAUUACUUGCCUGACUCCAUUUUCAGGCAACAGGGUCUUAUGGAGCUAUUUGCAGAGAUUAAUGAGGUCAAUGAAGAGGAAAACUUAAUAGAAAUUGACCUUUCCAUGGGAUCAAUCAAGUGUUCAAGGUUUGAGAUUGAAGCAUGA